GCAGCAUUUUCACUCCGCGCCUCCCUGCGCCGCCGCCGCCGCCUCCCCUCCGCGCCUCCCUGCGCCGCCGCCGCCGCCUCCCCUCCGCGCCUCCCUGCGCCGCCGCCGCCGCCUCCCCUCCGCGCCUCCCUGCGCCGCCACCUCCGCACGCCGGCGGCGCCUGCGGCCAGGCCGGCGGGUCCCUGCGCCGCCGCCCCUGCACGCCUGCGGUGCCCGCAGCCAGGUCGCGGGUCCCUGCGCCGCUGCCCCCUCACGCCGGCGGCUCCCGCGGCCAGGCCGGUGGGUCCCUGCGCCGCCGCCCCUGCACGCCGGCUGAGAAGAGAGGAAGAGGGGUGGGCCGUGGAGGCCGGCGGCGCUCGUGGCCGGCGGUGCAGAGCCUCGCGGCGGCGGCGGAGCCUGCUCUCUCCUUUUCAUUCCUCUCUCACCGCCGACGGGCGCUGGCCCGCUCCUCCCCCUCCCAUGGCGGCGGCCUCUCCUCAAAUAUCGCCCACCCUCCACGCCUCUUUCCUUUGCUCUUUCGCGUUCGCCCUCCUCCGCGCCGGCCGCCUCUCCGCCGCUUCCCACAUCGUCUCCUCACUCCCCGCCUCCCCUCCCUCUCGCCUCCUCCGUCGCCUCAUCCCCGCCCUUGCCUCCUCAGGCCUCGCCGCCGCCGCCGUCCGCUUCCGCCCCGUUCCAGGUGACUCCCGCACCCUCAACUCGAUCAUCCUCUCCUACUGCAACCUCCGCUUGCUCCGCCCCGCGCUCAGCCUCCUCCGUUCCUCCUCCAGACCAGACUCGCAGGUUGCGCCUGAUACCGUUAGCUACAACAUCUUCCUCGCUGGCCUCUCCGAGCAGGGCCACGGCAAGCUCGCUCUGCCCUUGCUCGGCGAGAUGUGCAAGCGCGGCGUGCCCUUCGAUGGGGUCACCGUGAGCACGGUGGUCGUGGGGUUGUGUAGGGCCAGCCUGGAGGACGAAGCCGCGAGAUUGUCUGAGAUGAUGGUAGGAGGCCGAGGAAUCGACACCUUAGAUGUGGUGGGAUGGAAUGCUCUCAUUGAUGGGUAUUGUAAAGUCCAGGACAUGGCCGCAGCAUUGGCUGUGGCACAGAGGAUGAGGACACAAGGGGUGGUGCUUGAUGUCGUGGGGUAUAAUAGCUUAGUUGCUGGGUUUUGCCACUCCGGUGAUGUUGGUGCUGCAUGGGACGUAGUGGAUUCAAUGAAGGCGGAUGGGGUGGAGCCGAAUGUGGUGACAUACACUGCGUUCAUUGGGGAGUACUGUAAGAGGAAGGGGAUUGAGGAGGCGUUCAAUUUGUACGAGGGAAUGGUGAGGUUGGGUGUGCUGCCGGAUGUGGUCACACUUAGUGCUCUUGUCGAUGGGCUCUGCAGGGAUGGCCGGUUCACAGAGGCAUAUGCACUUUUCCGUGAGAUGGACAAGAUUGGAGCUGCGCCGAACCAUGUGACGUACUGUACACUUAUUGAUUCAUUAGUGAAAGCGCGGAGGGUCAGGGAAUCUCUUGGUUUAUUGGGAGAGAUGGCUUCAAGAGGUGUGGUCAUUGAUCUGGUCAUGUAUACAGCUCUGAUGGACUGUUUAGGUAAGGAAGGGAAGAUUGAGGAAAUGAAAGACAUGCUUCAGCAUGCUCUAUUGGAUAAUCUCACUCCCAAUUGUGUUACUUACACUGUACUGAUUGACGCCCACUGCAGAACAGGCAACAUUGAUGGGGCAGAGCAGGUGCUGUUGCAAAUGGAGGAGAAAUCUGUUAGCCCAAAUGUUGUUACAUUCUCAUCAAUCGUCAGAGGUCUUGUCAAAAUGGGAUGCCUCAGUAAAGCAGCUGAUUAUAUGAGGAAGAUGAAGGACAUUGGGAUUGCUCCUAAUGUUGUGACCUAUGGAAUACUUAUUGAUGGAUUCUUCAAGUGCCAGGGGCAAGAAGCAGCUCUUGAUGUGUACCAUAGUAUGUUGCAUGAUGGUGUUGAACCAAACAACUUUGUUGUUGACUCACUGGUAAAUGGUCUGAGAAAGAAUGGGAAUAUAGAGGAUGCUGAAGCAUUAUUUAAAAGUAUGGGUGAACAUGGUCUGUUGCUAGACUGUGUAAAUUAUACCACCUUAAUUGACGGGCUUUUUAAAACAGGAAACAUGCCAGCUGCUUUUAAGGUUGGUCAGGAGUUGAUGGAGAAAAACCUACCACCUGAUGCUGUUGUCUAUAAUGUGUUUAUCAAUUCCCUUUGCAUGCUUGGCAAGUUCAAUGAAGCAAAAUCUUUUUUGAAAGAAAUGAGAAAUACGGGCAUAGAACCUGAUCAAGCAACAUAUAACACUCUGAUCGCUGCACAGUGCAGGGAAGGAAAGACCUCCAAAGCUCUAAAACUACUGGAUGAAAUGAAGCGGAGUUCUAUAAAGCCUAAUCUCAUUACAUAUACUACACUUGUUGUGGGCCUUCUUGAAGCUGAGGCUGUGGAGAAGGCAAAAUAUUUGCUUAAUGAGAUGGCUUCUGCUGGAUUCACUCCAACCUCUCUGACCCAUCGAAGGGUGCUGCAAGCAUGUUCUGAAAGCAGGAGAUUGGAUGUGAUUUUGGAAAUUCAUGAAUGGAUGAUAAAUGCUGGUCUUCAUGCUGACAUUAUUGUCUAUAAUACACUUGUGCAUGUUUUUUGUUGUCAUGGAAUGACUAGGAAAGCUACAGUUGUUUUGGAUGAAAUGUUGGGGAGAGGAAUUGCACCGGAUACUAUCACAUUAAAUGCUCUCAUUCUCGGCCAUUGUAAGAGUGACCAUCUAGAUAAUGCAUUUGCCAUGUAUGCUCAGAUGCUUCGUCAAGGCCUGUCUCCAAAUAUAGCUACUUUCAACACACUUCUCGGUGGUCUUGAGUCCACUGGAAGAAUUGGAGAAGCGGAUACUGUUCUCAGUGAGAUGAACAAGAUGGGCCUUGAACCAAAUAAUCUCACCUAUGAUAUACUAGUUUCAGGAUAUGCAAAGAAGAGUAAUAAAGUUGAAGCACUGAGGCUGUAUUGUGAUAUGGUGGUUAAAGGCUUUAUUCCCAAAGCAAGCACAUACAAUUCACUGAUAAAUGACUUUGCCAAAGCUGGAAUGAUGAAUCAAGCUAAAGAGCUGUUCAACGAAAUGAAAACGAGAGGAGUUUUACAUACAUCCUCAACUUAUGACAUCCUUUUAAAUGGAUGGUCAAAGCUUAGAAAUGGAACUGAAGUGAGAAAACUUUUCAAAGAUAUGAAAGAGAUAGGAUUAAAACCAUCUAAUGGCACUCUUAGGUUUAUAUCCAGAGCAUUUUCAAAGCCGGGAAUGACUUGGGAAGCUCGACGUUUGCUGAAGACCCUUUUUAAAGAUUAAGAAAAAAAAUGAAGUGUCAAUAUAAUAUCAGCCGUCCAAAAUUGAUCCUACUCAAAUUCCCCAGCCAAUGACUGAAGCAUCAGUCAUCAUUUAUGAUACCCGUCAAGGUGGCCAAGCAACCGUUUCCCCGGCUGCAUCUAGCGACUUUAUUGUGAAGGAACUGGGAACUUUAGCCCUCAUUUAAUGUGGUGCACUGUGAAUCAGAUACCUUGUACUGGUGAUCUCCACAUUAUUGGGCAUGCCUUUAGCUCAGAUGGUUCAACCUUUUGCCCUUCUUCACCCGUCUGAGGAACCCAUUCAGAGAUGGGACCCAUUCGGUGUUCUCUUUGCAAAGCGUACAUAAAUCCUUUCAUGAGAUUUGUUGAUCAAAGGAGGCAUUUCAUCUGUAAAUUAUCUGGAUUCAGAAAUGAUACUCCAAGGGACUACAUGUGCAACUUAGGGCUUGAUGGCAAGCGACGUGAUGCUGAUGACAGGCCUGAGUUAUGUAGAGGAACAGUUGAAUUUGUUGCUACAAAGGAAUUUCUGGUUCGUGACCCAAUGCCUGCUGUAUACUUCUUCCUUAUUUAUGUCUCUAUGAAUGCUAUACAGACUGGUGCAACUGCUGCAGCUUGCAGUGCUAUUGCCUAGGCUAUUUCAGAUCUGCCGGAAGGUCCUUGGACAAUGGUUGGUGCCACGUUUGAUUCUGCUAUUCACUUCUACAGUCUUAAACGUGCUCAGCAGCAGCAACAGGACUUAGGCUUUGCAUCGAUGUGGCAUUUUCUGUAGAAGCAGCCUUUUUGGAGCUGUCCUGUCAGUUCUCAAUGGAAUGUUAUUCCCAGAACAAAUGAAAUUCUGCUGCGCAGGGCAACGGAGCACAGCGGCCACAUUCUGAUCUUUUUUUUAUAUGCAAAUGUGGAUUCAAACCCUGAAAUAAUGGGAAUGUUAAUCAUCUCACCUUUCCUUUUUACUUUGCUAGUGAAAGUCUUGAAUUGAUCAGUAAUUCUGUUUCUCCAUUUGACCAUAUUUUAGUUUAGAAUUGUAUGCGUCUUUUUGCUGAACAGGUCAUAUAUGUGUGUAGAAACAGCAUUUUCGUUGUAUUUUAUGCCAUCUCUUAUCUUUUUCUUAGUACAAUUUGUUUCUGCAUAGAUGUUAGAUAUCUGAGUUGUCUCAGUAACCUUCUUUCCCUUGCAGCCUUUGAUGCUCAUCGUUCCUGAUGUUCAAUUUGGCAUUAAUUUGCUUUGAUAAACAUUAGAAAUAGAUAAGUUGGUAUUGCUACUGAAAUUACCUACAUCAACAUUCUAAAAACAUGUCUCUGUAGCUAACUUUUUAUGCUUCACAUCAUGUUCUUGCUAAGAAAACAGGCCAUAUUUUGGAAUUGAAGGAAGACUUAAAUUGCAUUGGCAUCAUGUUUAGAUAAUGAUGCAUGCAAAUCAUGUUCCUAACUAUUCUGACCAUACUUUAUUCCAUUAUUUAUGCACGCUCGAAUUUUUUGUUUUGUUAGUUGUUCCUGUCAUUUUUAUAUUUCCUUAAUUCUGUCCUAAAAGAGAUUAUUUGUGGGUGCAAAUUGAUUCUGACAAAACUGUGAUGGUGACAUUUAAGCAUGAUGACAAGUUACAAGAAAAUGCAGUAUGUGGCUUCCAGGCAUCAAUCCUAGAGGACCCAUGGUGGACCUAUGCAAAAUGAGUGAUGCAAAAUGAUUCCACCAAAAAUGAAAAGUUUUUGACACAUCCCGCCAUCCCCCCUACCCGCCCACCGUACCCACCUUCGUUUAAAUUCCCGGCGGCGGUUAUUCGCGGCAAUCGCGCGUCCCGUGAUCGCGGGUUUCCUUCUAUAGAACUUACCAUGAAUAUCUUCCGUGUGAGUCCUCUGGCAUCGGCAUCACAACAAGCUGAUUUUCUUGCCGUGGUCAAACCCUAAACGCCGCGGACUCUCAUCACAGCGAUGGAUGGACGGGAUUGCCGCCAGAGGGGUGGACAUGCUGCCCCGAUGAGCGAGGACAGGGCCGAGGUGCUGUUGGCGCCUCGCAGAAGGUACGAGCCUCCCUGCCGAAACCACCAUGGGGAGCCGAUUCGAUUCGAUGCGCCUGAUUUCCUUCAGGGCGCUUGCCAACUCGUUCCCGCGGCGGCGGCGGUGGCUGACGUGGAGGUGAAGCCAUGGCCACUGAGGGUGUGGGGAGGCUCGCCCCCUCCGGUCCCGGUGGCGAGGGCCCAUGCCGCUGCCACUUGCACAGGGCGUGAGAUGCCAGCCUUGAGAGGAUCCACCAAUGUGCUUCGCAGUCACAACGACGCCGUCGACGAUCCCUGCAUCCACCCCUCCUGCUGGACCCCACCACCGUGCUCCACCGCCACAGCAACGCCGUCGACGGCACCUACUUCCACCCCCUCCCGCCAGACCCCACCGCCGUGCUCCACGGCCACAUCGACGACACCUGCUUCAACACCCCCCCUCCCCCGUGUUUCUCUUCUACUGUACUAUUUUACCUUUGUGCAAAAGUAACUGAAAAGGAGAAUCCACAGGUUAAGCUUUGGGACAUUCCAAGUGGAAGGAAGACUAUAAGCUUGCCCUGAUUCAUAGGAUUGACAAGAAUGUCUAGAACAUUCUGAUGGAGCAGAUGCAAUUUUUAUUUGUCAAAGGUGCGGCACUCUCGUAUGGUCGAGCAGGAACAAUAAGUUUACUGGUGGUGGUCUUUACGAAAAGGAAAAUGGUUUCUUGUGCUCAAUAUGAUGUUGUUUGUCAUGCAAUUAUGCUUUUACAAUGCUCAUGGUCCUGAAAUGAAUGUAGUUCCAGCUUCAACCUAAGCACCCCGAUUAGCUGGUCUGUAAUAACUGCUCGUCAAUGGAGCGCAGGAGCUGUUGGACCUUUUUCUGUGGUUCAGUUUCCAGAAGUCCAACAGCGGCUGCAGCUCUGGGACCUAUUGGCUUUCAGGUUAUGCACCAUUAUGAUUUCAUCAAAAGCUUGGCUUUCUCUCUGAUUUUUAGGAGCAAGCCCACCAUAGCAGGAAUAAGUCAAAUAUCAGCUUGCGCAGGUAAGCAGCAUAGGACCAACGAGGGUUUCAAUUGUCAGGUAUGUGGAAUUUCACUUUCCUGUAACAAUGUAGUAGUUUUUGCUUGCCUAUUAUUUUUUCUAAGUAAUUCCAUGGUUGAUCUUUUGAUGAAGAAUUACUUUAAUUAGGAAAGAACUUUUGAUCUUUCCUGUAACAUUUCGAUUUUCAAUAGCAUAGCACUUUCAAGCUUUUAAUUGUUGCUUCUAUAAAAUAGGUGAUGCGAGUCCUCUAGCAAAUCAAGGCUUGGAGGAAAGUCAUUCCUUUUCAGGCAUACUUAAUAGUUCUUUCUUGUUUUUGCAUAAUGACAAUUUUCAGUAAUGAAACUUGGUCGAUUAGUUCAACACUGAUGGAUCAAACUGUUUGGCAAAUUUCAGGUUUGAAGUGCUUCUCACACUCGACAACCUGCAUUGGCGGCCUCAUCUCCUCUCCCGUCGCCUUCCCUCACCGUGUCGCCACACUGGCCACCCCGAGCGGGUCUUGUGGCGCAUCCUAGGUGUAGAGGGUCCUGAGUCCUUACGAUCUUAUCCAGCACGGGCGCCGCCCUCCUCGGACGGCAGCACCUGCCCCUCGCUCAUGCCCCCUCCUCUGUGGUACUUUUUGACAAGCUUGAAAUAAGAACACCUGCCGAAAUCACUGUAAUUCAGUCUUACAGCCAAACAUUUAUACACAAUCAAAUGAACAGGUCAGCUCGACAGCUUGCGCACGGGCAGCAACAGUACAUAUCGAGUUCAAUUUUUCUCAGAAAAAAAACUGGAGAAUUAGAAGAGAAUAAAGCCUUGGAACAGAAUUAGAACAGAAGAAACUUGAGAAUUUCUCUGUUCCUUUUUGUUCUGCACGGCAACAAGUUGCUAGGUAAAGCUAUUGCUGCAUGAAAACUUUUACGUGAUCUGUUAGAAAGACUUUGCAUUUGAUGUAAUACUAGCUGAAAAGUUAUUGUAUUUGAUAUGAUGCCAGUACUGUUUAAUUUUUGGAAAUGAGAUCUAUGGGCUGGAAUUGUAACUUUGUAUUUGAUGUAAUACUAGAUGAAAAGUUAUUGUAUUUGAUGUGACGCUA